AUGUCUAAGCCGAUGCACAUCCUGCAAAUAAAUGUGCGGAAACAGCGAAACGUGCAGCACAGCUUGAUGAACGACCCAAGUCUGAAAGAGUGCGUGGCCCUGGUAAUCAGCGAGCCUCAUGUUUUUGAGAUGGAUGGGAAGGUGAGGAUGAGCCCGAUGGGACAUCAGGGCUGGACGGCCAUCCUUCUUUGCGAGAGACACGACGGCAGAUGGACGGCGCGAAGCAUGCUGUGGGUACGCAGGGAUAUCGAGUGCGAACAGCGGCUAGCGGCUAGAGGCAUCCAACCGGAUCUGGUAAACUGGAUCAAUGCCUUCUACUCCGGACGCACAGCGACGAUCGUGGUGAACGGUCAGGCAAGAUUCUGA